AUGAAGCCAGCCGCUCUGUUCCUGCUGUCCCCUCUCCUCCUCCUCCUCGUCUGCUUGCUCCUUCCCAGUGGCUCCGCUCAGAGUGAACCCGACCUGGUGGUGCAAACCCACACAGGGAAAGUGCGCGGGGUUCGGAUGCCAGUGCCAGACAGAAACUACGUCACCGCUUUCCUGGGUAUCCCCUUUGCCGAGCCGCCCUUGGGGAAGAGGCGGUUCCGUCCGUCCGAGCCCAAGCGCAAGUGGGAUGGGGUGUAUGAGGCGGUGGCCUACCCCAACGCAUGCUAUCAGUACGUGGACAUGACGUUCCCCGGCUUCCAGGGCAGCGAGAUGUGGAAUCCCAACAGGGAGAUGAGUGAGGACUGUCUGUACUUGAACGUGUGGGUUCCAUCUUCACCGCGGCCCCAUAACCUGACCGUGAUGGUGUGGAUCUAUGGAGGAGGCUUCUACAGUGGCUCCUCUUCGCUGGAUGUGUAUGAUGGAAGGUACCUCGCCCACAGUGAGACUGUGAUUGUGGUCUCCAUGAACUACAGGGUCGGUGCCUUUGGGUUCCUUGCUCUCCACGGUUCUUCGGAGGCUCCUGGAAACGUCGGUCUGCUGGAUCAGAGGUUGGCUCUCCAGUGGGUACAGGACAACAUACACUCUUUUGGUGGAAACCCUAAACAGGUGACCAUAUUUGGUGAGAGCGCUGGUGGGGCAUCAGUGGGAUAUCACCUCUUGUCUCCGGAAAGCAGACCCACUUUUACUCGGGCCAUCCUGCAGAGUGGUGUUCCUAACUCCCCCUGGGCCUCUGUCAGCCCUGCAGAGGCGAGGAGGCGAGCUAUGGAGUUGGGCAAACUGGUUGGCUGCAACGGGGGCAAUGACACAGAGAUGGUGGACUGUCUCCGCAGUAAAACUCCACAGGAACUGAUCGACCAGGAGUGGCAGGUGAUGCCAUGGUCUGCCCUUUUCCGCUUCUCAUUCGUCCCUGUCGUGGAUGGUGACUUUCUGCCGGACACUCCAGAAGCCAUGCUCUCCUCGGGAAACUUCAAAGACACUCAAAUCCUGCUCGGAGUGAACCAGGACGAGGGCUCCUACUUCCUGCUCUACGGUGCUCCGGGAUUUAACAAGGACACAGAGAGCCUCAUCUCCAGGGAGGAGUUUCUCGCAGGUGUUAAACUCAGUGUGCCUCAUGCUAACGACAUCGGCCUGGAGGCGGUGGUGCUGCAGUACACAGACUGGAUGGACGAAAACAACGGAGCCAAGAACAGAGAUGCCCUGGAUGAUAUCGUAGGAGACCAUAAUGUCAUCUGUCCACUGGCGCACUUUGCACACUCCUACGCCCAGCACAACGCCCUCAAGACCAACAUGGGAGGGGCCAACUCUGGAGUGGUGAACAGCGGCGGGAACUUAGGCGGGGUCUACCUCUACUUGUUUGACCACAGAGCGUCCAACCUGGCGUGGCCUGAGUGGAUGGGUGUCAUUCACGGUUACGAGAUUGAGUUUGUGUUUGGGCUGCCGCUGGAGAAAAGACUGAACUACACUUUAGAGGAGGAGAAACUCAGCCGACGCAUGAUGAGAUACUGGGCCAACUUUGCACGGACCGGGAAUCCCAACGUAAACCACGAUGGGCUGAUAGAGAGCAGGAAGCGCUGGCCUCUGUUCACACUAACGGAGCAGAAACAUGUGGGACUAAACACAGAGCAGAUGAAGAUCCACCGGGGGUUGAGGAACCAAAUGUGUGCCUUUUGGAACCGCUUUCUACCUCGGCUCCUCAACAUCACUGACAAUAUUGAUGAAGCUGAGCGUCAGUGGAAGGUGGAGUUCCACCGCUGGUCCUCCUACAUGAUGCACUGGAAGAGUCGAUCGUGCGCCCGCCUCUCCAUCUUCGUCCUCUUUAAUCCUGCAGCUGUCCUUUCUGUCUCCUCCUUGCCCUUCUCUGCUCUGUGUUUCAUCCUUCACUCCUGCUCUCCUCCUCUUCCUCACUUUGGGAAGAAGGAGGAGGAGGUAUGUGGCUGCACUCCCAACAAGGGCCCCGAAGACAAGAGCCGCAGGACUAACUAUAGACUCACGAUGGAGGUAGAAGGUGAAAAGGAGCGAUUACAAACAGAUGAGAAGGAGCACAAUGAGGCAGAAACUGACAGAACCAGUGAUGAAGAGGAAGACUCCGAGGGCGCCACUCUACUCUGGCAGGAGGGCUACAAUGAAGAUAAUGAGGGACUACCCAUCAUGCACUGGGAGGCCCUGAGUCUACGCAUUGCGGAGCUGGAGAAGCAAGAGGAGGAGCGCAGAGAGAAGAAUGCAAAGGCCGGUGGGUCGCCUGAUAACAGUUGGAUGGAGGACAGAGGGACCAGAGCAGAGAACUGGGACUAUGAAGACGACGCCUGCAACAGUCACGUCAUGGCCCUCACCUCUCGACUCCAGACCCAGAUGAACCUGCAGCUCUGCUUCAUUAACAACAGUGAGAGUGAGGAAGAGGAGGUGGAAGAAUGCAGCCGUAAGAAGGAUGCGACCAACAACAAGGAGUCUCCUCAGUCACAAAAGAACCCACCUCAGCCCACAGCAAAGUCAGACAAGUCCUCAAAAUCAUCAAAGUCCAAAUCGUCCAAAUCAGAAAAACCCAGAUCCUCUCGAGGUUUUAGGAACACGCUGCGGAACCUGAGGGACCGGCUGAGAACCGACCACAGAACACCGGUCUCUGCUGUUAAAGACGCUGUCAUUGAGAGGAGGCACUUUGAGAGUGAUGAUCUUCAAAAUCUCAGUAUUAAGGAACUAAACAAGGUUUCUACCUCCCUCAAACAAACCAUCCAAGAUCUGAGCUCGGAGCUGGUGGGACUGCUGCAGAUCCGGGACCAGCUGAGGACGGAGCAGGACGCCAUGCUGCUGGAGGUGCAGGACCUGACUUCAGUGUGA